CACCUGUUCACCCAUCAAGCAGUGAAACUUUACACCUUGUUAUGUCCAAGACCUGUUGUGCCGUUUUUCACAGUGUACCUGGAGUUUCUCCUCUCCUCCUCCUUUUCUCAUUACCUGGCACCUGCUGCUGGACUGUGUGGCUCCACCCACAGUCUCUCCCUGCAGCCAGGACCAGCAGCAUUGUCUCCAGACACCAUUUUGUUUUCUCUUUGUUACUUUUGGUCACAAUAAACUUAGUUUUCUGCCAUCUAACUUUUGUUUGAGUAAUACAUAUUGCUUCCCUCGAGCCGGGGUCGUAACAUAUUGGGCGCUUGUCCGGGAUAAAAAAAAAAUGUUAUUCCCUCUCCCCCACUAGACUGUGUAAUCCUGUAGUUUUGGUGGUGUUUGGCAGUGUGGCUGUGAGCAGCUGUGGUCUUCUCCUGGAUGAGAAACUCCAACCAACGCUUGAUGUGAUGGAGCUUGUUCCUGCAAGUAUUUAACCUAGACAUCAAGCAUGUCAGGGGAGCUACGAGUCUUCUUCGACAGCGGACCAAUAACAUACGAGAGUGCGUCGGCGGCGGAGGAUUUGAAGAAGAGAGGCUUCUCGCUUGAGCGUGAGAGCACGGCUGCAUCCGGGCUCACGGAGAAGACACGGAAAAACACCUGGCAGCGCGUAGCGAAGACAGCCAGCACCAUGGCCAGCACUCAGUCUCACCAAGAGAGGAUCAAGGAAAGGCUGCGAAACUUUCAACGGCCGUGAUAGACCCGGCGAUAACGGAAAAGGGAGGGCCACAGCCACUCUGCUGCUCCUCAUCACUCUGGACCCACGCUUCACACUGACCAGAGCCUUUGCCUGAGUCUCAGUUUUCCUGCACUGUCAGCCUUUAUGCUGAGCCUGAGCCUAUCUACACCCAUCCCACCAUCUCAGCUUAUUCAAGCCUUUAAUAAAUUCAUUUUAUUUCACCUACUCCCAGUCUUGGUGUCCACUAUUGGGUUCUGCUACAACCCAACUAUAAAACAAGAAUCUGGCCAACAUGGACCCAGCAGAGCAAUAUGCCUUUCAGCAAGCGAUCAACGCUCAAGGAGAACUUGUGGGGAGACAUGAUCAAAUGCUCCACAAAGUUAUGGAUUCCCUGUAUGGACUCAGCACAAAUGUCUCCCUUCUCAGCACCCACUACUCAGAAACCUUCCAUGAGCAUUGCAGCUCCCCUUGCUGCUGUGGAGGAGCCCAUGCAGCUAGAACACACUUGCCUGUCUCCUGUGGAAUGCCAAAGACAGCUUAAGCUCAAGCUCUGCAUCUACUUCGGUCAACCCUGACAUUGCAUUGUAUCCUGCCCCUCAACACCCAAAAGACAAGGCUCACCAGUAUCUUUACUUUACUAGAGCACCCUGAUGAGCCAAACCACUUCCCUUUCCAGCUCUCUCCAACACAUUCAUUUCCUUGCCUCUUUACAAUGGUCACAGGAUACCCCUCCUGUGAAUGUCCUGGUGGACUCCAGUGCAGAUGACAAUUUUGUGGAUUCAGAAUUGGUGGAAGACGUGCAGAUCCAUUUGGAGACCCUUGAUCCCCCGAGACAAGACAACUUUUAGCUACCGUCACUCACCAUACUCAGCCUUUGAACUUGAUUAUUUCUGGCAACCACUGUGAGUGGGUCAAGCUUUUUGGAACUCCCUCUCCCACGUGAAACACUUUCACCAUCUCCAGCUGGAGUGUUUUUUUUUGCAAUUCCCAUUGCCUGCACUCAGCCAGCCCUGCCUACAAGACAUCUGCAACAACCCCUUCCAUACCACUCGAUCUGUCCCUGGUGCCGCCAGGCUACCAUGACCUGCCUAAGGUUUUCAAGAAGAAGUUGGCCCUAUCCCUACCUCCUCACAGGCCCUAUGACUGCGACAUAGACCUCCUCCUCGGAGCCCCAUUUCCUACUAGUAAACUCCAUAAUCUGUCCCACCCCAAGAGAGAAGCCAUGGAGAAGUAUAAUGGAGAUCCACUUGCACUUAAUCUGACCUUCCUCAUCCCCCUGUUGGUGCCGGGUUCUUCUUUGUGGAUAAAAAGGACAAGACGCUACGCCCAAGUAUCGACUACCACUUGACUCAACGACAAAACCAUCAAGAACAAGUUUUCUCUCCCUCUGAUCGACCCUUCCUUUGAGCCUCUUUGUCAUGCACAGAUCUUCACAAAAUUGGACCUUCUAUCAUCUUGCCUGCAUCCAGGAGGGGAAUGAAUGGAAAGCUGCUUUUAACACCCCACUCGGACACUUUGAAUAUCUGGUUAUGCCAUUCGGACUCACUAACACCCCUCCUGUUUACCAAGUCCUCAUCAAUAGCACCCUGCAUGACAUUUUCAAUGAUUUUCUAUUUGUCUGCCUAGAUGACACUUUGAUUUUCUCACACACAACUGAGAACACACAAAAUACGUGUCUUGUGCUCCAGAGUCUACUGUCAAACCAGAAGAGUGUGAGUUUGAUGCACCGUUGUCAGUUUCCUGGGAUACGUGAUCAUGCAGAGACAACUCCAACCAGACUCCUCUAAGAUAGAAGCAGUGGUUGAGUGGCCAGCACCUACUCUCUAAACAGCUACAACACCUUAUGGGUGUCACCAAUUUUUACAGACGGUUCAUCCACUCUUACAGCAGACUUACAGCCCCCCUGACUCGCCUCACCUCCUUUUUUUUGCUUAGACCCCCGAAGCCAACUCAGCAUUUGACAGGUUAAAAGAUUUAUUCACCAGUUUUCCUGUGCUCAUGAACCUUUAUCCCUCUCGUCAGUUCGGUGGAGGUAGAUACCUCUGACUGCAGAGUGGGAGCUAGCCUCUCCCAGCGCAAUCAAGAUUCCCAGAAACUUCAUCCCUGUGCUAAAUGCCUGAACUUGUGGCAAGCCAACUGGCCCCUGUUCUUCAGCCAUUUCAACUUCAACCUUUCCUACCAACAAGGAUCCUGAAAUGUCAACCUGAACUUCCGCUCCCACAUUUACUCCCCUGACACUGCUUCAGAUCCAGGUACUGACCCUGCUAAUCACAUGUUUGUUCUUGACUCAGAUCCCAAGUCUUCCAGUAGGGCCGCUCCAAGAUCAUUUGUCAGCCUGGUUUCUAUCAGUCCCUUUGGUUUCUCCAGCAGCUUUUCUGGUGGCAGAGCAUCUUCAAAGACACCCAGGAAUGUGUGGCUGCCUGCUCUGUCUGUGCCCAAGGUAAAGCUUCUCAUCACUCGCAGGUUGGACUGCUGCACCCUCUUCUUAUCCCUAGUGGCCCCUGUCACACAUCACCGUGGACUACGUCACUGGCCUGCCUCCCUCCAAUGGUCAACCAGAACCUGGAGAAUGGACCUCCCAUGUAUCACGUCCCAACAUCCCUCCUGCUGGAGGAUCCACCUCCCCUGGAUCGAAUACAUCUGUAGUUCCCUCACUAGUUCAGCCACAGGUAUGUUCCCAUUCAUGCCUGCCGAUGGCUUUUGGCCCCUUGCAGCUCAGGAAAUGGAUGUGGCAGUCCUGUCCAUUCAGGUCCAUCUCUGCUGCUGUCUGGAUAUUUGGAGGACCACUUGUGCUGCUCUCAUUCACUCAUCUCUCUACACUCAGUGUCUGGCAGACAUCUCAAUUCAAUGUUUCCCUGGUCAAGCCACUGAUCGCUCUCCUUUUCUGAAGUUGCCAAGGGUGAGGAUACUUGGCAAACGGCAGCUCAGAAUACCCAACUUUCUUGGAUGGUGUCCUGGAGGGGGUGCCAUCCCAUCUGGGGACACUGGGGGACUUUAACGCUCAUGUGGCCAGUGAUGGAGACACCUAGAGGAGGGUAUUCCUCUGGCUUUCCUCAAGUAUUCCUCAGGUGUUCCUCAGUUGUUCCUCUGGACUUCCUCUGGACUUCCUCAGGUGUACCUGCGGUAUCCUUCUUCUGGUGUUCUCAGGGAGAGGGGGAGGAGUCAGCAGGGUUAGGAUGCUGUCAGGUUGCCGUGGUUUCAGCCUCUCCUUCCUUGUGGCCACUGUCGUUGGGGAUGUGUGUGUGUGUGUGGCUGAAGGGUGUGUGAGGUGUGUGUGUGUGUGUGUGUGUGUGUGUGUGUGAGCCGUGAUUCUUACAGCUGUGAGGAUAUGUGACGGGAGGACAGAGGGAAAGAAGAGGAGAAGGAGGUGUUGAAGGGUGGAUGUGGAUUAACGUCGCAGCAGACGAGUCAUCGUUUCCUCUGAGCCGCAGAGAUCUGUGAGGACGACAGGAAGCUGCAUCACUCCAUCUUUGUUCCUCCACACAGAGGACUGAAAGAGGAGAGGAAGGAGACACUGAAGGAGACAGUCCAGCAGGGAUGGAGGGAGUUUGAGUCAUCGCUUAUCUUCGGGUCGUUGGGAGCCAUGACAUCUCAGGAGGAGGCAUCUUCCUUCAAAGGGUUUUUUCAGUACGUGGAGGACAGUGGCCUUCGAACAUACGAUGGUCUUGUGAUCCAAAAUGCCUCCGACAUUGCCAGAGAGAGCGAUCGCAUUCGCAACCAGACCAACUGGAAUUACCUGCAGGAAAAACACCAGAAGAAGAGACGGCAGGAAGAAGCCAUCAAAAGAAUUGGUGAAGAUGUUGCCAUGGCAACAGAUGGGGCCUAUUCUGGAAAACACUUCAGGAUGGGCUUCAUGACGAUGCCAGCACCACAAGACCGUCAGCCUCCUCCCGGUCAGGGCUUCACUGUCCGAUCCCAGUCCCUCCACUCUGUGGGUGGAGGAGACGAUGACUCCAACCACAACAGAAAACAACCCCCACCCAAACCCAAGCGUGAUCCCAACACUAAACUUAGCAGCAGCUCAGAGACGGUGAACGGAGGGUCUGGAGUCACCAAAAGGGAUGGCCAAGAGACCAAAGAGACACUGGAGCAGGCUGAAGCUGGAUGUCAUCUUUACAGCGAGGACUACAAGAAGAUGCCUCCACCAAAACCCAAAAGGAACCCAAACACUCAGCUCAGCACCUCCUUUGAUGAAUCCUACAUCCGUACUCAUGGCAACAAGAAGUCGUCCCUGCGUUGGGACAAAUCUUCAUCCCAGAGUCAGAGUCCGGCAUCGAGAGACACAGAUGAUGAGGAACCAGUUUACAUUGAGAUGGUGGGAAACAUCCUGCGAGAGCUCAAAGGUAAAGACACUGUGGAGGACGAGCAGAGCGAAUCAGUUUACGAGGAGAUGAAGUAUCCGAUGCUUGAGGACUUUCUGCAGGAUGCACAGUCUGCCAUAAUGGAUCCUGAAGUCUGGUCGUCUCGUGGCUCUCUCUGCGACAUUCCUCCACCUUUCCCAAACCUCCUGACACACCGCCCACCACUGCUAGUCUUCCCCCCCGCCCCAGCUCAGUGCUCCCCCAACUCUGAUGAGUCCCCCCUCACCCCUUUAGAUGUCACCCGCCUACCCAUGAUGGAUAAUGUUUCCUAUAAGUCGGGUGGCGUCGAACAUGUGCAAAGCUCCACCCACCACCGCAAGGAGCGAGACCGGGAUCGAGAACGCGACCGGGAGCGAGACCGGGACAGGGACAGAGACAGGGAUCUGCCCUCAACACACACCAUCACAUCCUCCGGCCGCUCAUCGGCUCCACCUCUUCCCUCAAACUUCUACAAAUCGUCUGGUUCCACCCAUGGUGGUCACGGUUACCCCCGAAGCCAAUCAGCAUGUCCGUCUCCGGUCAGCAUGGGUCGCUCUUUGACUCCUCUGAGCCUGAAGAGGCCGCCACCAUAUGACUCUCUGAUGGCAGGAGGAAGUAUGCCCCGCUCUUCAUCUUCCUCUUCAUCAUCCUCACAGAGGGCCGGGGAGGGCGGGGCUAAACUCAGUAACUCCUCCUCCACUCAUGGCUCCAUGCAGAAUGUGUCGAUGAGGUCACAAACUCCCACAAGCCCAUUGGACGAACUCAACAACCUGUUUACCUCGAGCCGACAGAUGAUGAAGAAAGGAUCAGGUGGCAGGAAGAGCAGAGAGAGUGAAGGAGACUCGAGGUCUCUGCCCAGACACGACAGUAAAGACAGAGACGGACGGUCGAGUCCAGUGUCCAGCAGGUUGGGGAGGUCGUCUGUCAGCCCCACCAUGAUGCUGUCCGGAGGAGGAGAAUCAAAGACGGUGUGUAAACUCGGCCGUUCAGCCUCUACAUCAGGAGUUCCUUCACCUGGUGGGACGCCACAACGUCACCUGCAUGAGUCACAUCACCCUGCCCUCAGCCAGGAUUCAACCUCAGAAUGUAAAAAUAAUCUUCAGACGGACAGAAACUUCGAUCCCUCAGCUGACUGACGUCUGAACUGUAAACAGCUCAGUUUCCUGUCGAGGCGUUUCACAGACUGCUGGUUUAACGCGUUCACAUUAAACAUGUUAAUUACUAUACAAAGUGUUUUCUUUGUAAUUUCAGUCGUGUGUCAGAUAUUUGGUGUUUAAAUGCAAUGUUUCUACUUGAAAGACUAAAAAUCUGCAGAUACUAACUCUUUAACACCAGUUUCAUUAUUGAUCCUAAUAUUUCUCAAACAUUAAACUAACGUUGAACAAACAUUAAAUUAACACUACUCAAACCUUAAACUAACGUUACACUUACAUUACACAAACAUUAAACUAACAUUACACUAACUAAACUAAAUUACACUAACAUUACACUAACAUUAAACUAACGUUACUCAAACAUUAAACGAUGUUACACUAAUGAUAUACUAACAUUAAACUAACGUUACCUUAGUGUCAUUUAAACUUAUGCACUUACACAAUUUUCACAUUCAUUCAAAUAUCAUAUAUAAACCAUCCCAGCUCUAACUCCACCCAACUAGAUAAACCCCGCCCACUCACAUACCUUGAGUAAACUUUGACUUUAAUUUUACAGAGGAGUUUACUACUUUGCAGUUUGAUGUUCAAUGUAUUUAAAUGAAUUGUCUUUUUCCAAUGAUGUAAAUUCAGAUAAAAUCUGUAACUUUGUGUCUUAUCAUUUGCUGAGGACAAUAAAAUAUUAAUAUUUAACACUUAAAACAUCGAACUGAAGCUUCAGAGAACUUUUAAUUUAUAAACACAUCAUCAGACAAUCUGAAUGUAAAGUCACCUGAACAUCUCACCUGUUAUCAGACAUGUCAAUAAAAUAUGUCUGUCUGUCUGUUUGAAUGUCUGUCUGUCUGUCUGAAUGUCUGAAACACAAUAAGUGACCAUUAAGUAAAUCACAACACAUACUGCAAAUACUGUCAUUCAGCUCUGAGCUAACUCUGGUACAAUGCAUCAAAUGGCAACAUUUGGUCAGUCUCCAGUAAGUGACCAUUGAGCGAAAACACAGUAAGUGACCAUUGAGUGAAAACACAAGUAGCCUCUUCCACACAGACUCACUGCAUUAUUGCGGCAACGGUGGUUCGCCAUUCUCUGCCAUUGUUUGUUCGCACAGAGCGAAGCAGUUCUGGCGUAAAGACGAACCGCUGUGUGAUUCACACAGAAAGCUGGCGCUGCAGCUCCUAAAGAGGCUUGACGGUCCACGUCAUGAUGAUGACGUCUGUAUAUUUUCAAAGUGUUUCCCAGGUGUCCUCCUGUCAAUAUAGUCCUGCUGACAGUUUACAAUCAUAUGCAGUGCCUUGCAAAUUAUUCACCCCUCUUGAACUUUUCCACAUUUUGUCACAUUUUAACCACACAUGUAAAUGUAUUUUAUUGGGAUUUUAUGUGAUAGACCAACACAAAGUGGUGCAUAAUUUUCAAGUGGAAGGAAAACGAUCCAUGGUUUUAAUUUAUUUUUACAAUUAAUAAACAGAAAGUGUGGUGUGCAAAAGUCCUCACCCCCUGAGUCAGCACUUUGUAGAACCUUUCAAAGCUGCAAUAACAGCUGCAAGUCUUUCGCGGUGAGCCUCUACCAGCGACGCACAUAUAGACAAUGAAAUAUUUGCCCAUUCUUCCUUGCAAAAUAGCACAAGCUUAGUCUGAUUGGAUGGAGAGUGUCUGUAAACCGCAAUUUUCAAGUCUUGCCAGAGAUUCUCAAUUCCAUUUAGGUCUGGACUGUGACUGGGCCAUUCUAACGCAUGAAUAGGCUUUAUCUAAACCAUUCCAUUGUAGCUCUGGCUGUAUGUUUAGGCUCGUUGUCCUGCUGGAAGGUGAACCUCCACCCCAGUCUCUUUUGCAGACUCUAACAGGUUUUCUUCCACGACUGUCCUGUAUUUGGCUCCAUCUAUCUUCCCAUCAACUCAGACCAGCUUCCCUGUCCCUGCUGAAGAAAAGCAUCUCCACAGCAUGAUGCUGCCACCACCAUGUUUCACAGUGAGGAUGGUGUGUUCAGGGUCGUGUGCAGUGUUAGUUUUCUGCCACACAUAGUGUUUUGCAUUUAGGCCAAAAACAUCAGUUUUGGUCUCGUCUGACCAGAGCACCUUCCUCCACAUGAUUGUUGUGCCCCCCACAUGGCUUGUGGCAAACUGCAUGACUUUGUUUCAACAAUGGCUCUCUUCUUGCCGCUCUUCCAUAAAGGCCUGAGUUGUGGAGUGUAUGAUUAACAGUUAUCCUGAGGACAGAUUCUCCCACCAGAGCUGUGGAUCUCUGCAGCUCCUCCAGAGUUACCAUGGGCCUCUUGGCUGCUUCUCUGAUCAAGGGUCUCCUUGCCCAGCCUGUUAGUUCAGGUGGACGGCCAUGUUUUGGUUGGUUUACAGUUGUGCCAUACGCUUUCCAUUUUCGGGUGAUGGAUUGAACAGUGCUCUGUGAGAUGUUCAAAGCUUGGGACAUUUUUUCAUAUUCUAACCAUGCUUUAAACUUCGCCACAACUGUAUCCCUGACCUGGCUGGUGUGUUCUUUGGGCUUCAUGAUGCUGUUUGUUCACUAAUGUUCUCUAUCAAACCUCUGAGGCUUUUACAGAACAGCUGUAUUUACACUGACAUUAGAUUACACACAGGUGGACCCCAUUUACUAAUUAGGUGACUUCUGAAGGCAACUGGUUGCACUGGAUUUUAUUUCAGGGUAUCAGAGUAAGGCCUUGUUCACACCAACCCAGUUCACACGAGGGGUGUAAUAAAAUAACUUUGUACACACGCAACUGUAAAUCCGCCACCAAGUGAUGCAAUAUACGUGUAAUACAUAUUCCACAGCAAUAGGUGGCGAUGUAACGUAAAACGGGAAGGCUGUUUAAACCAAUCAAAAUAGUUUAAAACUGGAACGGGAAAGCGUGGCAAAUACCAAAACAUAAACAACAAUGGCGACUCCCUGCAUCCAAACAGUAGAGUGAAUGGGGCUAGUAAGUGACCUUUGAGUGAAAACACAGUGAUGU